AUGUCGAAUCUCCAGUACUUCAACUAUCCCGGCUUCGGCGAGCGAUCAAAACGAGAUCUGAACUACAGCCAAGCGGUCCGCAUAGACAACCGCAUUGAGGUAUCCGGCCAAGGAGGCUGGGAUCGUACCACCGAGGAGUAUCCAGACGAGCUUUCGAAGGAGGUCGACCAAGCCUUCGACAACGUCGAACAUGCCAUUCGCCAGGCUGGUGGGGAGGGCUGGGACCAGGUCUACAAGACGCGCAUCUACGUUACCGUGCCGAUUGAUGAGAUUGCGGAGCCGAUCAUCCGUAAUAUGAAGGAAAGAUGCAAGAGACACGGGCCUCUUAUGACUGUAGUGCAAGUCGUGGCUUUGUACAAGACGAUGAAGAUUGAGAUUGAAGCGGAGGCCCACUUUGGAGUAGCAUCGACAAAUGAGAAGAGCUUCUUGUUCAUCAUUCGCGGCAUUGCAGAUGCCAGAGAGCUUUCCGCGGACAUUCACCCGCCUGCUCGUGCGCCACGGAAGUCGCCAUCGCCAUCGCCAUCCUUGACGACUGUCGCGACUCCUUCUCAACGCAGCAAUGCCAAAUCGAUUCCGGAGCAAGCUGGAGAAUGCUGGAAGAAAGACGGGCAAUUGCCUACGGACAGUGGCAUGGCAAACAUCCAAAUGCCUCAUGUGGACAGUUUGCGCGCCUUGCAUCUGUUGCUUGCUAGUAUUUCUGAGCCCUGGUCGACAUGGAAGAAGACGAAAUCUUUCACACGAGAUAGUACUACCAACGAUGCCGACACCUCGCAGACGCGCACUCUCCAUGUCAGGGGACUUACAAGAGGACCAAAAGACGCUGGCCCAGCCUCGCUCAGCGCUUCUGAGCAAACUACCUUCUUCAUGUCCACGGACUUGGAAGACUUUCCAACGGCAGGCUAUCUCUGCUACUUCUUUCAGCCCCAACGUAUCAUGCAAAUCAGCAAUCUUAACAUCGAAUGGGACCUUGAUCGCAACCAAUACUUCCAGGUCAACCUGAUGCCUGUGCAUCACCGAGUUGAGUGGUACAGAUUAUGGGAUGGGUUGAGCAAGAUGACUGGUCUCAAGAGAUUACACAUCAAGUUGUACUUCUGUCUCGACCUCUGGCAGGGAUGCUAUGGUGAAUUCUGGGAACAGAACAGCAAGGAGAUUCUGCAGCCUGUCAAGAAAAUCACGGCUCCAAGAGAAUUUGUCAUCAAUCUUCCGAAUUGGCGAUGCUCGACUGAGAUUGAUACCGGCGAAUCCAACUGCGUCUUCCAGCUACCAGAGAGGGACGACCAGGAAAGCAGCGCGUCCUGA